AUGGACCACGCAAAAUCUCUCUGCUCGCCUGGCUUUCCCCUUUCUGCCCUCAAUUUCUAUUGGCUAGUACUCCCCAUCUCCCACUCCUCAUUCGACAUCACAACUCUCGCUCCUUCCCUCUGCUACUUCUGGUCAAAACCAACCAAACCCAUUAAUUCCAUACAAAAUUUUCGAUUUGCUCGGCUUCAAAAUCGCUCAGAAUCCGAUUUUUAUCCCCUUGUAUUUUCAUUCUCUCAUUUUCUUUUUCGUCCGUUUCCUUCUCUCUCACUCUCCCUUUCCCUUGUGGCCUCCCGGUUACCAUUUUUUGGUUUUGAUUUCUGGGCACCACAAUCACAAUGGUUGAUCGGGGAACUCUUUUCCCGGAAAAUCCUAAGGAAUCUGAGAAACCCAUUUUCUAAUUCCUCUGUAUUCUCCUUAAAAGAAAAUUUUGAAUUGUUUUAACUUGUUAUUCAACAUGACUCGUCAGGUCCGAAGUCGAUCGAUGUCUCCAAACGGCAAGAGUCGGGCUUUAUUAACGGAGAAACCAACAGAAACGACGAAAAAAAUGGCGAAAACGACAACGAAGGGGGAGAACAGGGGAGACAGAAGUAUGAAAAUCAAGCGGUUCGGAGAGGUGGCUGGUGGGACAGCCGCAGAGUGCACGGCGGUUUGUUGUUGCUGUCCAUGUACGGUGAUGAACAUCCUGGUGUUAGCGAUUUACAAGAUGCCGGCUUGUAUUUGCCGGAGGGCCAGGGAACGACACCGUGUGAUGAAGAGGCAGCAGCAGACAUUGUUGGUCCACGCUGGGAGAAAUGAUCUGUGUAGAGAGGAAUUAGAGAGGGAAGUGCAAGCGGUCGCAGAGAAACAAAAGCCCUGUGGCGGCGGUGAUGACGAUGAUGGAAAAACGGAGGCCGUUGAUCUAGAAAAGGAGAUGUGGGACCGUUUUUAUGCAACUGGGUUUUGGAGAAGCCCCUCUCAAAGAAGUACAUGAUGAUGAUGAUGAUGGGUUUUUUUUUUUGGGUUUCUUUUGAUUUGAACUUUUUGCAAGGGAGACUGAGAGAGGACUGAAGCGAUUGUACUUUCUACAGGGAAUCUAAGGCCUAAGGGUACAAUGAGAAUGAAAGAAGAUGCAAUAUGGGGCCCAAAAAUUCACAUGAAAUUGGCUUGAUUGAUCAUGCGAAUUGCAUCUUGGGUCUUGUGAAUUGCAUCUUGUUUUGUUUUGCCUUGGGUGUAACUUGUAUGAAUUUUCUUUCUUUUUAUUUAUUUUAAUAAAUGAAAAAAAGAAAGAACAUGUUCAGAA